GUCACUGCGGUGGGCGUGGCUAACCAGGAGCGAUAACGCCUGUGCGCUCCCGUUACGUUGCAGUCUGAGGUGCAGCCCGACUCGAGGCGAGAGUAACGGAGCCAGAACCGCUGUCCAUCUGGGUCUGGAUCCGGGUGAUGAGAGCCACGAAGAGCAUUGAUUUGACGGCGUCGUCUUUUUUUCCACCGCAUCAUCGAAACCGCACUCKGUCUCCUUCGCAGUCGCAGCAGAACUGCGGCUCUCUCCAACUAUGGAUUGCUUAAUUGAAGUUGGGCCACCYGAUCCUGUUUGCGCCAGGGCAUCCCCGUGAUAUUUAGCGAAAGGAGAGAAGUCGUUAUGAGCAAUUGUGAAAGCGGAGGAUUUCCUGCGCAGAGGCAACAAUUUCAUCCCGAGGACACAACAUUUUCAUUGUGCUUGACGGACAUCGAUGCUACGGAGCUCUUUGCAACUAAGUGAAAUAAUUGGCGCAAUGUUCUAGCAGUUACAGAGAGACUCUUUAGUUAGUGCAGGGAGCGUUGUUUGUGAUACAGCUUUUAUUUCUCUCUUGUGCGUGCAGGCUGAUUGCGCACCACUGUUUUAGCUGCUCGGGAUCUGGAACUCUGAUUAACUGUGAAGCUCUUGAACUUUUCUCUGCAACUACUUUUAUUUUAAAGCUGCACCUAUGGCUUUGCCGGACAGUGGCAUAUCUGGAGAGGAGAUCCCUUUCCCAGAAAUAAUAGAGCUCAAUGUUGGCGGCCAGGUGUACAUAACGCGCUACUCUACCCUCACCAGUGUGCCAGACUCUCUGCUGUGGGAGAUGUUCAGUCAGAAGUCAACCAAAGGGCUGGCCAGGGACACCAAGGGGCGUUUCUUUGUGGACCGCGACGGUUUCCUAUUCCGCUACAUCUUGGACUACAUGCGGGACCAGCAACUGGUUCUCCCGGACCACUUCCCGGAGCGCGGGCGUCUGCAGAGGGAGGCUGAGUUUUUCAACCUGCCGGAGCUCGUCAAGCUGCUGGCACCCAAAAUCAGCAAGCAGAACUCGUUGGGSGACGAGGGGUGUCCGAGCGACCCGGAGGACUCCUCACCCGGCAUCGACUCAGCGCGCAGCCUGGGCUCCYUGGGGGCCGCGGCGGCCGCCUGCGCCAGCCUGGUGCCCGGUGCCAUGGACGGGAAGCGCUCAGGGUUCAUCACCAUCGGCUACCGGGGGUCGUACACUCUUGGCCGCGACAGCCACACCGACGCCAAGUUCCGCCGGGUGGCACGGAUCAUGGUGUGUGGGAAGACCUCCCUGGCCAAGGAGGUGUUCGGAGAGACCCUAAACGAGAGCCGUGACCCGGACCGCCCCCCCGAGCGCUACACCUCCCGCUACUAUCUGAAGUUCACCUUUUUGGAGCAGGCCUUUGACAAGUUGGCAGAUGCAGGCUUUCACAUGGUGGCCUGCAACUCCACAGGAACCUGCGCCUUUGCCCAUGAACAGACGGACGACAAGAUCUGGACCAGCUACACUGAAUAUGUGUUCUACCGCAGUUCCUCUGCCAUUCCUGAGGCAGUCGCCUCGGACCCACCAGCUCCCGACGAAGCAGUCACGCCCAAACCUGCCGCCCUCCAUCACGAAUCAACCAUUGUGGAACUCGGCAGCACCGGCAGAACCAAAAGCCUCCCAGAAACAGGCUGCAGCUCCUCGCUAGACCUCCACAAACCUCUCCCUCCUCCUCUGACUCCUCCUCCUCCGCCUCUCCCUCCUGCUGCAGACAUUCCCGACCUUCCUCUUCCAUCGCCCCCCAUCCUUCCUCCCCCUCCGCUUUCCACCAAGUCGGCUUCCACCUCCAGCCCUCCUCCCUCUCCAAUGCCGCCCCUCGGCGACAGCCCCCAGCGUCCCACCACGCUCAACAUAAAGACGCUUCCGCGCUCCACUGCGAGGGAGAACGGCGGCCCUCCGCAUCGGGUCGACGACGACGAGGAUGAGAGGAAGCUGCUGGAAGAGGAUCUMAAAAAAUGCAUUGAGGACUUCAAAAAGAUCCGCUUGCCCACGGUGUUUCCAGACCGCAAGAGGCACUGGCAGAACGACCUGCUCAAGAAGUACAAUGCGUGAAGAGAAGAGCCUCUCUGUGGUACUGCUGUGAACAAACCCGGCUAAAAACCUUUAGGAACUAUAUGCUGCGGUUGGUGAAGUGAAGCUCAAGGUUUACAGUAAUGUAAAAAAAAAAAAAAAAGAAAAGUA